GUUUCCUCUGAGGACUAGCACUCCUCAUUUUUCCCAGAACCUUUAGACGGCAAAGAAAAGAAGAGCUUCUCUUUCGGCUGCUCAAGAUUGUCAAUCCAUUGAAUUGACAGAAACCUAAAUGACUGAAAGCAAUGACAUCUCUGCAGACGUGGCCCCUUUCUCUCCUGCUUGUUAUUGCAGUGCACUGUUCUAACCCACUUGAAGACAACAAGAUCCCCAGUUUAUGCACAGGUAGUCCAGGUAUCCCAGGAUCCCCUGGGUUGCACGGCAGUCCUGGUCAGCCCGGCAGGGAUGGACGGGAUGGGCGUGAUGCCCCGCCAGGAGAGAAAGGAGAAAGAGGGGAAAGAGCAGAGCCAGGUCAGCCAGGAAUAAGGGGUCUCAUGGGAGACAGAGGGGAUCUAGGUGAAAAAGGAGAAAAAGGAACCGCUGGCGAAUGUGCAGUGGCACCAAAGUCGGCUUUUAGCGCCAAGCUCUCCGAGGCCCGCACAGCACCCAUGGCAGUAGGGGAAGCUGUACGCUUCGACAAGAUUGGGCUGAACGAGCAAGGGGAUUACAAUCCUGAAACUGGACGUUUCACCUGCAGGGUGCCGGGUGUGUACUAUUUUGCAGUUCACGCCACAGUCUACCGCUCCAGUUUACAGUUUGACCUCAUAAAGAACGGAAAUACAGUGGCCUCCUACUUUCAGAUCUUCGGGAACUGGUCCAAACCAGCCUCACUGUCUGGAGGCUCGCUUGUGCACUUGAUUCCAGGAGAUCAGGUUUGGGUGCAGAUGGCAAUGAACGAGUACACAGGAUUUUACUCCAGUUCGAAGACUGACAGCACUUUCACUGGUUUCCUAGUGUACUCUGACUGGAAAAACUCUGCUGUUUUUGCAUAAAUGUAAAGCACUUAGAUUUCUGAUAUCAUAGGCAGGACAAAAGCCUUCACUGGCCAGCAUUAUGCUUAUAUUAAAUCUCUGUCUUUGUAACAGUUAUUAAAAUAACGUUCAGCAUUGCAAGCAAAGCAAGUUUCUGUUCUAUGCAGAAAAAAUAAAAUACCAAAAUAAAAACUUUCCAAUAAUAACACAUACUCACAUAUUUGUACUGUUUUUCUGGUUGGCGGUCUGUUUUGUGAAAAAGUGUAAUAAAAUACUUUUGAAGCGUCGAAAGUAUGAGUUCAAUAAAAAUGACAACCAUAA